UCAGUGCUUUUCUUCGGUAGUUGGACCGAAUGGUAGCGGGAAAUCCAAUGUGAUCGACUCUUUGCUGUUCGUAUUUGGUCGACGUGCCAAACAGAUCAGACAGAAACGUCUGUCCGAGUUGAUUCACAAUUCGGAUAAAUUCCCCAAUCUAGACUACUGUUGUGUGUACGUUCACUUCUGCGAGAUCGUCGAUCGGGAUGAUGACGUACUAGAGGUAGUGCCCGGGACAGAGGUGAUCGUGGCGCGAAAGGCAGAUCGACGCAGUACAUCUACAUACUACUUGAAUGGUAAAGUGGCGAAGGUGGACGAUGUAACGACACUCCUCAAAGCAAAAGGCAUCGAUUUAGAUCACAACCGCUUUCUGAUCCUUCAGGGAGAGGUGGAGUCCAUCUCCAUGAUGAAGCCGAAGGCGGUGGAUGGCAAUGAUGAAGGUCUCCUCGAGUACCUGGAAGAUCUUAUAGGCAGCGAUGUGUUUAAGACACCCAUCACUCAGGCAGCCGAUUUGGCCGAAAAGCUCAACGACGAGCGCAAAGAGAAGCUUGCCCGGGUCAAAGCCGUGGGCAAAGAGAAGGAGCGAUUGGAGGGGCCAAUGAAGGAGGCUAUGAAGUAUAUCAACGAUUGCAACACCCGUACUCGACACCAGAGCAAGCUGUAUCAGCUGCAAAAAUAUAAGCACACCGCGAUUCUCGAUAACGCCGUGCUUGAGAAAAAGAAAGCGAAACAGGAGCUAAACGAUCAUAUCGAGUCGCAGCAGCGUGAGAAGGCCGAGAUGGAAUUGAUUGAAAGCCAAUAUGCAAACGAGAAACGCGAGUGCGACGCACUAGACAAGGAGGUGACGAAGACCAAAAAUGAAUUUGCUGCAUUCGAACGCAAGGACGCUAAAUUCAGAGAAGAUUUGAAACACAGAAAAACGAAAGGCAAGAAAUUGGAUGCAUCAUUGAAGGCGGAUGCAUCGACCAUCGAGCAACAGCAACACCUAAUUAAGAAGGAGGAGGAAUUCAUAAACUCGCAAAGUGGAGACAUUGAUAAGUUCAACACCAGGCUGGAGAAAGAGGAAACCAUUCUCCGACAGAUCGAAGAGCAAUUCGUGGAGCAAACUGGCGAGCUCAAAAUUGAACUUGAGCAGAAACAGAAAGAGUUACAACCGGAAAAUAGAAAGAUGAAUGAACUCCAGUCACGAUGCGACAUGUGCUCGUCUGAACUAGAUAUUGCCUCCAACCGACACAAACAGGCACAAGAGAAGCUCACAGACGCGCAGGAGCGAUUAGCAAACACGAGCACAAACAUCAGUAAAAAGGAAGCAAGUAUUACAGAGAUGAAGGCGCGAGACACGCAGUGUCGGAAGCAGCUGCAGCAAACGAAAGAGGGGCUCCAGCGCGCCGAGGCUCAGAGCAAAGAGCUGAACGAACGUAUUCGAAAGGAGAAAACAGAUCUCGAGGGGGCCAAAUCGUCUAUGCGAGAAUCCUCGGAUAGAAGCAGCGUUCUCAAUGGGCUUAUCCAGCAAAAGAACAACGGCAAGAUACCCGGUAUCAUCGGACCCUUGGGGAGUCUCGGAACGAUCCCGGACGAGUACGAUGUCGCGGUCACCACUGCGUGUUCCGCUCUCAACCAUAUAGUUGUGGACACAGUUUCCACGGGACAGAAGUGUACCGAAUACCUCAGAUCUGCGCAACUAGGACGUGCUACGUUUCUGAUUCUAGAGAAGCAAGGACAUCUCGUAAACCAGAUGCGGAGGAGUGUGAAAGCGCCCGAGAACGUCCACAGGCUGUUUGAUCUGAUCACACCGGCACACGAGGAUUACCUCCCAGCGUUCUACUUCGCCCUCCGGAAUACUCUCGUUGCGAAUGAUAUGCAGCAGGCCACUCGCAUCGCUAAUUCAGGAGGAACUCAGCAUCGUGUCGUAACACUGACCGGAGAACUCAUUGACACGAGCGGCACAAUGUCUGGUGGUGGCAAUCGCGUGCUACGAGGGGGCAUGAAAUCAAAGUUGAUACCCGAUAUAGAUCCCAGAAUGAUUGAGCAAAAGCAGAAAGAGUUGGCUGCAUUGGAACAAGAGUACGAUUCGCUCCGCCGUCAAAUUGACGAGGGAAAGUCCACUGUGUCCAAGCUGAAUGAGGAAAUCAAGGAGAUCAAUGUAGGUCUAGAGCAUGCAAUAAUGGACAUCGAUGCCAUAAAGAAACAGGCGGCCGAGCUUCCCGGUCUCUGUCAGACAUUAGCGACUCAGGUCAACCAAACUCCAGAGGAAAAGAAAGCAGAACAAAAGCUCACAAAGGAUCUGGAGGUCAUCAGCAGCCAACUAGGCGAGGCAAAGGCGCGUGUUGCUGAGCUCGACAGUCAGAUCAAAUCACUGCAGAACUCGAUUAUGGAUGUGGGGGGUGUGAGGAUGAAAGCACAAAAAGCAAAGAUCGAGGGUAUCGUGCAGGAGAUAUCGACAGUCAAGUCUGCAGUGACGAAAUCUCAAGUGACCAUGAAAAGUGCCACCAAGAAGAUACAGACGUGUACAAACAGGCAGGCCAAGACCCAAAUAGAGCUGAAAGAGAAUGCCCAAGUCAUAGCGGCCAUGAAGGAGGAGUUUGUUAAGCUGGACGAGGAUGCACGCCUGGUGAUUGAAGCAAUGAACAAGGCACAAGAGCUACUUGAAUCCAAGGAGGGAUCACUUCAGGAACUAACAGGAUCAUACGAAAAGAAGAAAGCCGCCUACGCUAAAAUCCGCUCUGUACAGGUUGACCUACAGAGCAGCGUGGAGGACUGGACGAAACAAGUUCAGAGCAGCACAGCGACCGUCAAAGCCAUUGUUCGGGAGAUUAAGGCUCAAAGUCUCAUUCCCGGCGUGUCUGGGUCCGAAGAAGAGAUGCAAUUAGAGGAAUUCUCGGACGUGGAUCUGCAGGCAAUGGUGGAGGCAGAUGAACGAGAAUUGGAGAGGGCUAUUGACAAGCUCUCGAAAACGAUAAAGAACUCGUCGCCAAACAUCGGGGUGGUGGCUGAAUUCCAAAGGAAGGAAACCGAAUACAACGACAGAGUCAGUGACUUAGAGCGGGUCACCACCGACAGGGAAGCCGCCCGGGCGAAGCACGAAUCACUCAGGAAGCAAAGGCUGGACAUGUUCAUGGAAGGGUUCAAUAUCGUGACUCUGAAGCUGAAGGAGAUGUAUCAGAUGAUUACGCUCGGUGGCGAUGCCGAACUGGAACUUGUGGACAGUUUGGACCCGUUCUCUGAGGGUAUUGUCUUCAGUGUCCGUCCGCCCAAAAAGAGUUGGAAGAAUAUCUCCAACCUUUCCGGAGGCGAAAAGACGUUGAGUUCGCUGGCUCUGGUCUUCGCACUGCAUCACUUCAAACCGACACCGCUCUACGUGAUGGAUGAGAUCGACGCUGCUCUGGACUUCAGGAACGUUUCCAUUGUGGCUAACUAUAUAAAGGAGAGAACAAAGAAUGCCCAGUUCAUCAUCAUAUCGUUGCGAAGUAAUAUGUUUGAGCUGGCCGAUCGGUUGGUGGGUAUUUAUAAAACAGAAAACCACACAAAGACGGCAGCUAUCAAUCCAGCGAAGUUCAGUUUCGCCGCAAAUUUAUUACCCAGUUAAUUCUGAAUAAAGCCCGUCGAUAGGAAUGUGAUAUUCUGCGAUAUUAAUUUCGGUUACCAAUUCAAGUACUGCCAAAUAUAUCUGACACGUUACAUG